UAAUAUGAAUUUGUAACGGAACGAAUAUAUGAUGUUUAAGCAAGCGUAAACGGCAAGUAUGGACAUCCGGUUUCGUGAAUCAUCGUUAUAUUCUUGAGAAAUAUACGUACGUAAGACGUUUGAGAAGAUAUUCGUGGCUAUGUUUUAUUAUCAUUGAGAUCAAGGGAAAAAUUGCGAAAGAAUAUUUGAACCUUAGUCAAUAAAUCUUAAAUAAUGAGAAAUAAAAAAAUAUAUUCAAAAAACAUGGACAACUUGUGAAAGACAACGAUAAAAAGUGUGUGUGUGUGUGUGUGUGUGUGUGUGUAUAUAUAUAUUGAUUGUUCAUCUAGUACGAGCAUGAAUCGAUGCAAAGAUGCUAUUUCAUUAGGCGAUCUAUUAUUUAUACGGUAAUUUCCAUUUAUACGAGCCAAUUUGCCAGAUGCUCGAAAAUAGUAAGCGAUAUAUCGGAUGACCCACUUUGAUCUUCCCACGCGAUUAUCCCUGAAACUAGUUGUCAAAAGGAAUAUUUCACAUGGAAGGUAAUAUCUUAAUUAAAAGUAAGUCUUUCCGAGCAAUGGUUUUGGAUAAACGAGUAGAGAGAUUAAAAUGGAUUACCCACGAUAUUGCGGCGAGUUGAGAAAGAAAUGUGUUCAUUGAAGGCAACUUUGUAGGGGGAGGGGGGAGGGGAGGAUAACGAUUCGCUUCUCGUUUCUUUUCAUUAAGGUAAAAUCGAUGUAAAGCUAGCUAAGGCUUCGUUUCGCCAAAUUCGAGCUAUUCGAAGAAGUAAGGAGAGUUGAGCAAGGGUAAACUUCGCUAGGGUAAACGUAAAAACGAAUGCGUUCACGAAUGCGAGCAGCGACAUUACUGUCAUUAAUCGCACGUGCUCCGCUUUCAUUCACGCCAACUCCCACCCACCCGUGAAUAACACGAUGCAAGCGUUUACAUUCACGCGGCGGUUGGCCGGCGCCAAUGGGUCGACGAGGGCCGUCGCCGUCGCCGUUCCGAUUGGCCGUUGCUUACUCCCAACAGUCUCAACGUACUAUACGAGCGAGGGAGAGAACGAGACGAUCGCGAAGCACUAUGAAUAGAACCGUAUAGCUCCAGGUCAAGGCAUAUGAAACGGAGCGUCUCUCUCUCUCUCUCUCUCUCUCUCUCUCUCUCUCUCUCUUUCUCGUCUCUCUGCUAGUUCCGACAAGGAGUUUGCCUGGUUUCGUUUCGAUUCUACCGCAAUAUGGCCGUAUCGUCGUACACACGACCCUCAUUCUCGGAGCAUCGUGCCCGUAAAUCACACGUCAAUCGUACGCUGCUCGCAAUAUUGUCGAAUGUGCUGUUGACGAAAGAUGGUACAAGUGUUUCCUUGAUUCAUCAUCAUGCAAAUGAUGUUAAUUAUUAUGAUGCAACAAUCAACAAUAGCGAUAAUAUAAGUCCUCUGGAAAAAUUUUAUCUAAUCACUGAACAAAAGUGGCAUAAGGAUACACUAGUGCCAAUCUCCUUAUUGCCCUCUGCGAAGGGAAUGCCUACGAGAUCCCAUCACAGAAUCCGGCAGUCCGUGACAGGACUGGAUGAUGCUGGAAUGGAUCUCCAAGUGGCCCAACUCAAUAGUCAGACGGACAAGGAAGUACAUUCCAGGACAACUCUAUCAUGGCUAGAUUGGCAUUUGCCUUACUUUGUAGCGCUUUGUGCAAUCGCUGGCACUAUUCUUUUUACAUUCCUAAUCUUGUUAUGGCUGCGAAAACAAAUGUCGCGUGAAAAAGAUAACGAAAAUGGCGAUCGGCACGGUCUGGUCGAGGAAGGUGCCAUUUGUCAGCCAGACAAGUCAACUAAAGAUGCUAAAGAACCCAUGGAAGCUAAAUGGGUUCACGAAGCAUUCGCGAAGCAAUCUGCACCCAAGUAUCCGGUACGACCAAUUCCUCAAACCUCUUUACCCGAGUCUUUGGCAACGCCCGAACGUAAACCGGAAGCGAUACGUAUAAAAGCAAAGGGAUUGUUGGAAAGACGCGGUUCGAGUACAAGUUUAACCAUAGAAUUGGCACCAGCUCCCGAAAGUCCGCCACAUAUGGUUACUCCUACCCGAGAAUGUACAACGGAAGAGUUUUUGCUAAGUGCGGGAAACGUAUUGUCGAGAGCACAAUUAAAAAAAGUUGUUGAAAGUACGGCAACGUUACACAAAGAAUUUUGGGAGGUGCCACUGAAUCUACCGGAAAAGGUGGACGUUUGUGGCUCGGGAGUGAAGAAUCGAUACAGCUCCGUUUUGCCCAAUCUACAAACAAGAGUAAUUCUGCCAGAUUCUUCCGACGAUCCGCUCGCCGGUUACAUAAACGCCAACUACAUCCGAGGAUACGACGGCGAAAAUGCUAGAUACAUCGCGACACAGGGACCAUUAGCCAACACGAUAGCAGAUUUCUGGAAGAUGAUCUGGACAGAAAAAGUUCCUGCAAUCGUCAUGAUAACUAGGCUGUACGAAGCGUCCAAACCAAAGUGCGAAGCGUAUUUUCCCUUUGACGUAAAUAAUCGCAUGCAAGCUGGACCUUUCACAAUUAUCGUUAACUAUACCGAUACGAGAAACGGAUAUACCGUCAGAACUAUGGAGAUUCGACACGAAGGAGAAAGAAGACAUUUGCAGCACUAUUGGUAUGAUUCAUGGCCGGACCAUGCUGUACCUCAAACUGCAGAUGCGCUCGUUAGUAUGGCCGCAGAGGUAAACGCUUUACCAAAACCAGUGGUCGUCCACUGCAGCGCGGGUAUAGGACGAACUGGCUGUUUUAUAGCGAUAGGAAUAGGGAUGAAUCAACUUAUGAGAGAGGAAAAUGUCGAUGUACUGGGUAUUUUGUGCCAGAUGAGAUACGACAGGGGAGGGAUGGUACAAACGGCUGAACAAUAUGAAUUUAUUCAUAGAGCACUUAAUCUUUUCGAGCAGACGUUAGACAGCAAGCCGUCGACUUCGAGCGUUUGAAUGGAUCGAUGUAUCGCUAUAUCGAAAUAGGAAUUUCUUUCGCUUUUUCUUUUAUGAUGAAACGGGGCUUUAUUAUUGCCUAAGAGAAUGUCACUUCGCGCAGGGCUACAUAUGCUUACCGAAAAAAAUAUAAAUUUUUAACGAAUCUCAAUGUAGUCUGUGAACCGACGCUCUCAUAUUUAUCUCAAUAUUCGAACGAGUUGAAACUCGUUUAACAAGCUGCCAUUUUCUACUGCCAUGACAAAUCGUUGACAAUUGAUAUCAAUCACAGAGCUCAAAGAGUAAAAAAAAAAGAAAGGGUUCACCGUCGGAGUGCAUUUUCUAAGCAGGUGCUUUUUAAAACUGAGGUAUCAUAAAUAGCUUAAUGAAAAGAGUAUUUAUGUUUAUAUAUAAUAACGCGCGACGUAAAUCGUGCGGCACGUACGCUUAAAGAUCAAGGUUAUAUUAUUUUAUAUAAGUUACAAAUUAGAAAUAAUCUAUAAAUACGGCGAUAAUAUAUUCGCGAUUCGUAUCAUAAAAUUUAUAUCUAAAGAGAUCGCUAAACUUUGGAUUUAAUUAUCCACAAAUUCCUCGUGUAUUAGGAAAUAGUCAAUAAGUUCCAAUAAAAUUUCAAAUAUACAGAAAUGUAUAGAAACGGUUUCGCGACUGUAAUAAUGUAACUGAUACACUAAUACGAUGUAUAUACAUAUGUAUCGUAUUGUCAUCUUUGCUAUUGUCACGCAUCACGUUGGAGUAGAAACAUGACAAAAUUUACUAAACUGUUCCAGCGUGUAAGAGCUAAAGUUAAUCGUAAUUACUUUAAUGUAUAUAAUGUUAAAUGUGAGCUAAAUGUGAAAUUAUAUGUGCGUGUGUGUACGUGUGUACAUAUGUACAUGUAUAUACAUAUACACACGCACAAGGUGAGGCAAUAACUAUUUAUCUUCAAAGAUAUUCAAGGUGUUAUUGCCUCACCCUGUACAUGUAUACAUACAAACGCACCGGCACACACACACACACACACACACACACACACACACACACACACACACACACACACACACACAACACAGGUGAAUAAUUGUUAAAACAAUUACUAAUUUAUGGGACCCAAAACUAGACAUUGUCUUGUAUUUUUAGUUCCUAUGAUUUUAAAAUACCCUUAACAAUUUUUGUUUUUAUUUAGCUGACUAAGACUGAACACGAAUAGUACAAUAUGAUUUAAAAAGAAAAGAGACAAUGGUUUGAUAAAAAAAAAUCUGAAUAAGAGUCAAUUUGAUAGAGAAAUACGAGCCGCGUGUAACGUUAUUGUUAAAGCGAAUAUAUCGGUAUAAAUCCAAGCAAAAGUCCAAUAUUCUCAAUUGAAUCAUAUUCUCAGGAAAUAUACAAGUAUAUUCGCUCACUCUGACAAGUUUACUCGUUUAUUUAUCAAAUUGAGACUGUUUUGAUAUAACAAUUAUUUAUAUUGUAAUUUAACUUAAUAAUAACAGAUCUUUACAAGUUAUAGAAAUAAAUUCAUAUUUAUUCUAAAAGAGUAUAUAACGAAGAAAUAAUUUAUAAUGUAAUUUUCGCGUUGUGUUUUAUAUAAAAAUAAAUCUGUUUUAUUCAUUUGAAUAAUAAAAAGUGUAUGAAAAAAGAAUUUGAAUAUUAUACAAUAUCAGUCAAUAGUUACGUAAAAUUCGAAAAUGUAAAUUUAACUUUGGAAAUGUGUAAAUGUUAAUGUUUCAAAUGAUGAUAAUUUAAAUGAAAAUUAAUAUCCAAUUGAUUAAAAUCUAAUACAUUUUUCGAUUUUAAUACACGAGUGGAUUAAUACAUGAGAGAUUCAAAUCAAUUUGAAUUUGAAUUAUUAUCGCAAAUUUGCAUGACAAUAAACGAUCAUUACAAAGUUAUCGUUUUGUUAAUUGAUUAAAUACAAAGGAUCUUUUUUGGCUGCUAAUACUUUUUAGACUAUUUAUAAUAAACAGUAGAGUAAUAAUCGAUAUACAUACUAAAGUUCUCGAUAGAAUCAGCCCGAAUAGUAUCGAAAUUCAUGGCGUAUACCUGUAUUACGUGUAUUUUGAGGUGUUAGUGAUUAACUCGUUUUGCAUGGUCGAGGAGUUUGACCAUCUCGACUUAGUCUAGAUAAAGGAAAAUUUAACAGUUAAAAGUUAAAUGAUACGAGAUGUAUUUGACUUUUGCGCGCAUACAAAGACGUAGAGAGCAGUUUCGUACGUGUGCUAGUAAAUGAAAUUAAUGAAUUUAUCGAUAUACGCAUAAUUAUCGCUUAUCGCUUAUUAUUCGUUCGUGUUGAUUUCAUACCUCGAAAAACGUAUGUACAUUUAUGUAAACGCGCGUAUAGAGUAUACAUGUGUGUGCAUACUAUGUGUACAUAGAUUGUACAGAGAGAGAGAGAGAGAGAGAGAGAGAGAGAGAGAGAGAGAGAGGUGUGUAUAUUUAAGAGAAUAUGUAUUUGUUUAAGACAGACAAAGUAUAUUAUUUAUGAACACGCAAAGAGUCGCAAAAAUGACUUGGUAUAAAUGUAUUAAUAGGCAAUGGAUAAUAAACGAUAACAAUAAUACUGUAACAAUGAUAAAUGACAAAAGUAAUAACAAUAAUUUAGAAACCCCUUGGUGUUCAAUUGUACUUAUAUGUAAUAAAUGUUUAUAGUGUCCACGCAUA